GCAGGUCACAAUGUUGAACUCACUUCUAGGUCACAUCGAUUUUAGGUCGCACGGUUUGCUUCUUGAAAUAUUAAUUGUAGAACCUUAUUUAUGAUGGAUAUUUUUUGAGCUACGAUAUUCAUAAGGAAAAUCAUUUUACUUUUUGUGGGAUAGGAAAAUUAUUUCAUUUGUUGUGGAUCCUCUAUUCUUAAGAAUAUCAUUUCUCAUAAUUUUUAUUCAGUCCGACUUAAUAAAAAAUUAUUAAUUUGUAAAGUAAGAUACAAAAUUAGGAUAUUUUUUUUAGAAAUUUGCCGUGCUAUUUGGUAAUUUGUAAAGUAAGAAAUAAAAUUUGGAUAAUUUUGAAAUUUGUGGUUUUAGAGUUUCAUAAUCAUGUCCACCAAUUGACUGUUAUCAGCUGCGCACUCUCAAACAGGGAACACAAACUUCUCUCGAUCGACAUGGCGUUUCGGAACUUUUAAAUUUGAAGACGGGUAAAAGGAACGUUCCAGAAAAGGAAACGUGACGUGUUCGGACCUCUAGGCGAGACACAAGAUCACUGUACUAUUUGAGGAUGGAUCACCGUCGUUACCGUUUCAAACAAAGAAAUUGCACGUGUACCGUACGUGACCUCCGGGCCUCGACCUCCUCGAACGAGUUAAAAUGGCGGUGUGCGUCACGGCGAAGUCGAAAAGCGAGAGAAAGAGGAUUGAAAUGACGAGCUGCUGCCUCUCUUUCGUCGGAUGCUUCCUGGUGCCGUCGUUGCUGGUGCUGCUGCUUCUGACCCUGCCGGUGGACUCCGGUUGUGUCGGUGGGCAUGGCGCGGUCUUCAACUUUGGAGACUCCAACUCCGACACAGGGGCCUUUUCUGCCGGCCUCGGCGUUCAGCUCUCGCUUCCGGGGUGGAUCGGUGUCGCCAGGCGAGAGCAUCCAGGCGAGAGCAUCAAUGCCAGCUACCUCAGCCCGUACUUGGAGUCACUAGGGUCGGAUUUUAGGGGCGGCGCUAACUUCGCCUUCUCCGGCGCCUCGACGCUUCCGCCUAACGUACCCUUCUCCUUGGCGAUUCAAGUGCAGCAGUUCCUCCGCUUCAAAUCUCGAUCCAUGGAGCUCGUUGCCCAAGGAACAAGGGGCUUGAUCGAUUCUGAAGCUUUUGAGAGCGGUUUGUAUGUUUUUGACAUAGGGCAGAAUGCCUUAGCAGGUGCGUUUUCUCGAAGCCCAAGCUACAAUCAUGUUAUUCGAAGGAUUCCAUCGAUGGUCGAGCAAAUAAGGAAAGCUAUUCAGAAUAUCUACGAAAUUGGGGGGAGAAACUUUAGGAUACACAACACUGGGCCAUUGGGUUGUUUACCUCAAAAACUAGCUCAGCCGCGUAAAGAUGACAGUAGUCUUGAUGAAAAUGGUUGCCUAAUUCCCUACAACAAUGCUUCCAAGGAAUUCAAUGCCAAGCUGAGCACUCUGUGUGAUGAACUGAGCUUGGAGCUGAAGAAUGCCACCUUUGUUUACGUCGAUGUCUAUGCUGUUAAGUAUGAUCUCAUUGCUAACUACAGGGAAUACGGCUUUGAGACUGCAUUCAUGGCCUGCUGUGGCCAUGGUGGACCUCCAUACAACUACAACAAUGACAUCGGUUGUGGGCAUCCUGAAAGCCAAGUCUGCGCCAUUGGAUCCAAGUAUAUUAGUUGGGACGGAGUUCAUUAUACAGAGGCUGCUAAUUCUAUGGUGGCUUCAAAGAUAAUGACAGCCAAGUAUUCAAAUCCAACUCUUGUAUUUGGAUUUUUUUUGCAACAUGUGAUUUCAUAUAUUUUUUUUUCUGAAAUGGAAAUCAGUAGUACUCUAAGUUUGUCUUUACGAGGAGUUUUAAACUUAAAUGCCAAAAUGUUAUGAAAGAAUAGACAAAAGGUUAGCAAUCAGUUUUAGAAAUGAUAUUAA